CCCGACCGGUCUAUGCUAUUGAGAUCUCAAACAGCAGUCAUGGACCAGAGGCCCGGAGAAGCGGACGAGGCCUAUCAGACCCGCAUGCUGGCCUGGAGUGCGGAGACUAAGAAACGGGCAGAUGACGCUGCAGUAGCAGCGAAGAAGAAGGCGGAAGAUGCAGAGCAGGCACGUCUGCUGGCACUUGAACAACAGCGCCAGCAUGACGAGGCAGCAGCAAGGGCUGCCGAUGAAGAAAGAAUACUGCGUCGUGAGAAGAUAUUCACUGGAGAGCGGGCGUUACUUACCAUGGCAGCGGCAUGGCGGACCGAGGCCGAGGAUGGCAAGUUGGAGGACAGCGCCAACAAGAUAGCGCUCCUCCUCUCGCAUCUCACGGAUCUCCUGGCCACCUGCAUUACACAGCAGGCGGAGAUCCUUGGCCUCGACACCUCGCUAACUCAUCUCCAAGACCACCUUCAGCGGUUGGAGCAGCGACCAGUCGCCGCCGCAGACGCAGGCUCUUCCAACACUACCGACCGCCUCAAUGCAUUGGAGAUGGACGUCAGCGCACUCAAGGAUGGCGUACAAUCGCAGCAAACCGCAACACAGCAAUUGCAACAGCGGAUCUGCACUACCGCCACCACUUCGAGCACAGAACCGCGCGAGACCACUCCAAAGUUCGACGGGCAGGAGAUCUUCUGCGACUCAACGAAGACAGAUCCUAUUCCAUGGUUUCGCAAGUUCGAGCUCACGCUGCAGUUGUCCAACGUCAAGGAACACAAGCACCACGCCUACUUUUCGUCUUCAAGUGGUUCUUCACGGGAUUCGGCGCGUGAGUUCAACAUAGAGGCAUUGGACCCGCUCACGUCUGAGGACUUUGCAUGGCUUCUUCUCCCGACCACCGGCCGAUUGCCGGGACCGCAAUACGCAACACUUAGCGCUAAUCUUCACACUUACCUAUCCUUCUAUGCACCACCAACUUCGCCGACGGAUGACGAAGUCGCGGUGGGGGACAUCUUGGCGUAUACUACCAAGGUGGCCCGCGAGUUUCGCACGCAGYGGUACGAUGACAACAACGCACCGCUGAUGUAUGUCUGCAUUCAGGUUGGGCAAGCAUCCUGCAGCGCUUUGCUGGAUAUUGGCGCGACUCGCAACUUCAUGAGCCAAUCCUUUAUGCAARGGGCUGGCCUUGGCGCACAGGUUCGGAGGAAGGCAAACCCGACGGUGAUCAAGUUGGCGGACGGUUCGGUGCCAUUGAGACAAUUUAUUGGGAACACUGUGGCGGCUUAUUUCAGAGAACUCGUUCUCGGGGGCGGUUUUGUUUUUGCACGUGAAUUUUUCGACAUGUUGGAGGACAAAAACAUCGCUCUAGAGGUCCCUUGCGACGUCACCCCAUCCCGGGAGUUGUCGUUGCCGUUGAGGUUGUGCAGCGGUUGCGAGUCAAGCGGGGCAGCCCCGAAGGGCGGUGAUCUGGGUUCUGGUCCCGCCACUCAGCUGCACCGUGGCGAGAGCCGCAGUCAGUUCGACGACAGCGAGGAUGAGGGGACUGCUCCGCCGUUGAGUGACACGCGGCGGUCUGUGUUGUCUAUUCCUGGGGUUCAGAAUGAUGCUCCGGUUCAGCAAAGGAGUACGGGGCCUGCAGUGCAGGUGGCGGCCUAUUCGGAGGUUGACUUGGAGGCGAGCGAGGGACAGGGUGUGGAGGAGGUGGACGCGGGAGGCCUGGGCUUGCAAGGAGCUCCGCAAAAGAGGAGGCGGGAUCGUCCUGACGAGUUUGCCGGUUCUACGAAGAAGUUAAAGAGCAAGGCCCCCAGGACUGAGGGGGAGAAACGCAAGGGGACCGAGGGGGAGCAGGGCCGGCAGGUUGCCAAACGACCGUCUUCGAGACAGAAGCAGCCUGAGUCUGGGUCGUCUUCUCUACCGACAACAGGGACUCCCAUCGACGUUGACGCCGGCUACUUUCUUGAGUACAAGGACGGCGUUCGGACAAAGCGGGAGUUCGACAUUAGCCCUGCAAAGGUCGUCGACCUCGGGGACAGGGAGAACCUGUACAACCAGCGGUCCCUGGAUCCCGUGCUCGUGGAAGGGAUCAAAGAAGCGAUGCGGUUGGCGUUCAAAAACAAGGCGCAGUCUUACGGUUUACCAAACCUGAAACUGGCGCCGCUGGGGCUUGAUAAUUCGACUCCCGGGACCAAGGCAGAACGUUUGAGGCCGGAGGAUUGGAGGGAUGAGCUGGCGGGACAAUACUACUACUACGUGGUGUGUGGGCAGCACAACGCGGCUGCAGCGACGUCGCUGCUCGGCAGCGAGGUGGCCAGGAAAUACAAUUUCAAGCGGUGGCCUGCACGAAUGGUCUACUUUACGGACGACGACUUCGAAGGGUACUUCCUUGUCCGGAAGUGGCGUGAAUUCUGUAAUGUCGCACUCAACAUGACACCGCACAACAACUUGUGCAUUCUCGCAGAUCAGCACGGUAAGGAGGCCAUCAGGAAACAAGGCGCUGCUCUGCGUUCCUAUUUCCCGCUGGCGAUGGCAGGGGAGAACGUCUGGAAACUGGCUGUCGAGUUUUUCGAGAAAUGGGAGACAGGCAGAUUGCUCGGACACGACGGCGCAAAGUGGAUCAUGCGGAAGAAGAAAGUCAAAAACGUUAAGCCUGGGGUUGCAUACAUCCAUAAUGACAAGCUGGGAAGGAAGGAGGUUGUGUACAACGUCCCUGUGGACCCGUUGACAAAGAAAGGCAAAAAGGAGAAAGAGGAGGGCGAGUGGUUCGUGCAAGUGCCAGAGCCGGACGCGCAUUGUUGGAAAACGAUGGAGUCGCUGACACACAACGAGAAGUGCCGCAUCCUGAAGAAGGUGCUUGCUUGCGAGGUGGUUUGGGAACAGGCCGGCUCCCCAACGUUGGCGAAGCUCGGAAAGCAGAGCGUCCAGGAGGUGGUGAAUUUGGUGAAGUGCGACCGGGUGCUGGUGCGUCUGUGGAACUAUUACCAGUUCAAUCACGACAAAAGGCCGAACGCGGAUUGGAGCCAGAGGUUUCCGUUCCUUAAAUCAAGGUCUGCAAUUUUCAGACAGUUUGAGAGUCGUGGUUUGGAUGCUGAGUUGUGGGACGGGAGCACGAAAUACGUCAUUGACUCCUCGCUGUUCAAGGAUUGCCUGCCCUACAUGGCCUGCGACGACGACAGAUCGAUCGAGGCGACGAAGAAGCUGGCCGGUUACAAGAAGUUGUCCGUGGACCGGAGGAAUAAGGUCAUGUCCAUGUUAACUGGCAGUAGACUGAAGAGUCGAGAGAUCGCGCUAGCCGAAGGCAUUGUGCACAUAAAAUGGAAUGACACGGGCGACGUGACAUCCAUCGCACCAUUCGGCAACGACCCCUUGGAGGCAUACAUAAGGAGUGCGGAGGUGAAGGAGGCAGUGGUUGCCACAAAGAGUCACACAUUCGUCCUCGAUCUGUGCGAACCGGUGAACCUGAAGCUUUGGAAACCGCAAGCGUUCGACACUCUGAAUUCCCAACUCCAGACGUGGUGUCCAUCGCAUUGGACGCUCGUUGUUUUUGUCCCGCGGCAGCAGGACCUCUCAUUUCUGGCCAGCAUGAACCAUCUUUCUUUCGUCAAGCUGCUGGAGCCUGGAAGGGAACUUCUCGAAUCCAUCACCAAGGAGGGGGAGGGUGUCGUCUUCCUUGGGAAGCCACAUGCGCAGUCAGUCUGGGAAGUACCGAAGGCAGGACGACACGUCAUCGCGAUGGAAGGGAACUCCGAGCUCCUGCAAUUUACAAUUGAUCUCGUCAAAAGCGAGGUCAAUUCGGGUGCCCACAAUUGCGAGUUCAUGGUCGUCACCGAGACUCGGGCUCGCGCGUGGAACAACAAGACGGACAUGUGGUUCAAGUUGAGUGCGAGGAAGCGGAACAAGAUAUACGACUUCUUGUUCCUGCAAACGCGGCCGAAGAGAGACACUGACCUUGAGUACGUGCGCCACAAGGACCACAUGUUCACGUUGCUCGACAACUACCACGGCGCCUCCCACAUGAACGCGAAGACCUUCCUCGAGAGGUUGGAGUCCCUUUACUUCGUGGAGUCAGAGGAGGAGCUGACGUUCGGUAGUUACUCCUCCUUGAUCUCCACGGAAGACGAGGAGACCACCGGCAUCGAGUUCGAUGCGACCGUGGACGAGGAGGGCAGUGACACCGAAAGCCUCGACCUGCAGUAUGACCAACAUUCCGCGCAGCACGCUACAGGGUCGUCCUUGGCAGGUCCGUCGACAAGCCCAGCGUCCCUCGUGUCACCGAUGGCGAAACCGGCGCCUGGCACUACCCCGAUGAACUUGCUGCAGAGAAUGCAAGCUCUGGCCCCCGACCAUCGCUCAGUGCGUCCCGGGUCUGACAUCCCGCCCGAUCAUCUGUCUUGGACGAAUGCCAACAUUCACUUCCUGCCUGAGCCUCAAAGUCGUUCCGCGGAGGCGGACUGGGGCCAUGACAUGAUUUGGCAUCCAGGAGUCAUCCAGCCGGCGAUCCAAAAGGGUGAGUGGAUCAUGGCGGUCGCUGUCCCGGACGGAGGAUGGAUGUCGCUCCCUCGCGGGUCGAAGUUUGACUUCCUCGACAUCGCUAGAAUUGCGGUCCUCCAGAAAGUGAGGGCCGAGAAUGGCUCUUUCACACCCGAAGACGUGUCCGUUAUUUCCACAGCCGGGCGAUUGUUCACCGAACUUCAGGACAAGUGCUGGUUGGAGCUGACGGAGGACUACUACGACCUCGACAUGAGCCCCUCGAAAGGAAGGGUGGACUGGAAAAUCCCCCCUCCCAGUGGGACGCAUGGCGACACCACGACAGCGGAAGGCAGCGGCGGGGUGGCGGGGGAGGCCCUCGGGCGUCAACAGUCUACCGGUCCCGGUCCGGAAUGCUCGGCAAAGUCGGAGGACGUGCCCAGUUUAUCCGCCUGCUCGGUGAUGGCGGCCUUGGUUGCUCUCAGUGCCGGCUCGAUCGAAAUGUUCAAGUCCGCCGGGAUCCGAACUUCAAUGCUUGCAGAGCGGAUAGAUAGGAUGGACCCGCAGAGCUGGUCAAGACCGGGGGUGGCGAGUCGUCAUCCCAAAAUAGACAGCGGUGCGGUGAGGGACGGGACUUUGCCGCCUGCGGGGGAUCGCCAACCGCUUCGGUCGGAGCGAGAGGGUGCGUGUGGAGGGCCCGGCGACAGGGAGACGGCGAAGUUCGCCCGGAUCCGAACUUCUCCAGGCAAGGCGUGUGGAGGGCCCGGCGACAGGGAGACGACGAAGUUCGCCGGGAUCCGAACUUCUUUAGGCAAGGCGUGUGGAGGGCCCAGCGACAGGGAGUCGGCGAAGUUCGCUAGGGUCAGAACAUCUUUAGGCAAGGGGGGCCAACCAGGGAUAUUGGUGAAGUCGGGAGGGGCUGCGUGCAGCGGGCGGGAAGCGCAUUCAUCCGAAAUCGACACGGGUUCGGGCGAAGUGGCUGCAUUGCAUGCAGGGGAAGAAGGCAGGGUGAUGGACAAAGAGAAGGAAGUGGAGGAAGGAGACGCAGGGGAGGAAUUGGAGGAAGGAGGGGAUGAAGGGGAGGAAGAAGAGGAUGAAGGAGAGGAAGGGGAAGAAACGAAGUUGGUUGGGUCGCUAGGAGGGCAGGAGGGGCAAAAAGGUGAACUCGAUACAGGAGACGACGAACGGACUUUCGGCGACGAUGACAGAUCCGGGGAGACUUAUGACGGAUUCGGGCAGAUGUACGGAGAACACUGCGAGGAAGACAAUGACGACGAUGACACAACACUGGGUAUGGAGACACAGGUGGUCACAAACCUUAGGGCAGAACGUGAUGACUAUGAGGACCAAGCAAUGACGUCUGUCGUCGAUCUCCAACACCGCUUCAACGAGGCUCGUAUAACAGUCAGCCUGACUAAACCGAGUGUGCGUAUUGACAUCGAAGAAGUUAUUGACGACAACCUGGGCGACCACCACAUGUCCACGCAGCCGUCCUCGAUCCCUGGUGUCGACAACCCUCUCGACGUCAAACCUUUCGGGGGAUCUGUCGUCGAUUUCUCGCCAACGAGCUCUCCAAUGCUGCUGCCGACCAUCGCCAGCGGAGGAGAAGGCAGGAUCGGGGGACGACAAGAUGUGACAUCCCCGAAAAAAACUGCCGCCGGCACUCGAGCUCUCGACGUGCUGGCCUUGCCCGCGCCAACUUCGCCGAUCAAGGAGCGGAGAGACAAACCAGCUGGUAAGCAGUGACAAACGCCACUCUGUCUCCGCGCCAGUGACCGCAG